UUUCAUAUGUGAAAACCGGUUUAUUCACUUCCCAUUGUAUAGGCUUAUGUUGGGAAAUGGAGACCUACUGACAGUAGACUGAUCAGAUUAGGGCCUGACUUUUACUUUGAUAAAUAUUAUUUCAAGAUAGCCUGCCUAACAGUGUUUUUUGUGGAUGUGCAUUCUAGUAAAUAGUAUUUGAUCAUCAAGUGAAUGUGUGCAUAAUGUACUGGAUAUAUCAUCAAAGACUUUGAGUAUCGGCCGUGGCUCAAUUCUCUGACAGAGAGUGUAGUCCUUCCCUAAACUGAAGAAUUACCUUGCAGUGGUUACAAUUUUUUUAGUUGGCUUACAUCUUGAGGCUGUAAUAUUUUUAAUAGGAGAGAUUUUACCACAAUGAAUAGACUGGAAAGACGCAGGUCCCAAAAUGGCAGCCGAAAGAAAAAGGUAUUAUUGAUGGGGAAGAGUGGGUCAGGGAAGACUAGCAUGAGGUCAAUCAUCUUUGCCAAUUACAUUGCUAGAGACACCAGGAGAUUAGGGGCUACAAUUGAUGUUGAGCACUCACAUGUACGUUUUCUAGGCAACCUUGUCUUAAAUUUGUGGGACUGUGGUGGACAAGAAGCAUUCAUGGAGAACUAUUUUGCCAGCCAGCGUGACAACAUCUUCCGCAACGUGGAGGUUCUCAUCUAUGUGUUUGAUGUAGAAAGUCGAGAGCUUGAGAAGGACAUGCACUACUACCAAUCAUGUUUAGAAGCAAUCUUGCAGAACUCACCAGAUGCCAACAUCUUCUGCCUCAUACAUAAGAUGGAUCUGGUCCAGGAAGAUCAGAGAGAUGUGAUUUUCAAAGAAAGAGAAGAUGAUUUAAGAAGGCUGUCAAAACCUCUAACCUGCACUUGCUUCAGAACGUCCAUAUGGGAUGAAACACUUUACAAAGCUUGGAGCUGUAUAGUCUAUCUUCUAAUUCCAAAUGUCCAGCAGUUAGAAACCAACUUACAGAAAUUUGCAGAAAUUAUAGAUGCUGAUGAAGUUCUAUUGUUUGAAAGAGCAACCUUUUUGGUUAUCUCUCACUGCCAACGGAAACCACACAAAGAUGUUCAUCGGUUUGAGAAAAUAAGCAACAUCAUUAAGCAAUUCAAGCUGAGUUGUAGUAAACUAGCAGCAUCAUUUCAAAGCAUGGAAGUCAGAAAUAGCAACUUCGCAUCGUUCAUCGAUGUGUUUACUUCAAACACAUAUGUGAUGGUCAUCAUGUCUGACCCGACCAUACCCUCUGCCGCAACAUUGAUCAACAUUAAAAACGCAAGGAAACAUUUUGAACGGUUAGAGAGGGUAGAGUCGGGUUCUGUUAUGCAACACUGAACACAAUUGUUGUCAACAGAAUGCAACAUGGCCACAAGCAACACUGCCAUAUUGCAGCUGGAUUUCGUUGCAACAUGGGAACUGGAACACAGCAACCUUUUGAAGUAGACUAAACAAGAAAAAUUGUAGGAAACAUAGGCAACAUUGUAGGUUACAUAGGCAACAUUGCAAUAUGGCAAUGUUGUGCUUUGACAAUUUUGCAUAAUGAGUAACGUAACACAGACAUUACAAUACUAUAAUGCUGCACCAUGGCAAUGUUGUAUACUUGAGUAUAUGGAACACCGGCAACAAUACAGGAAACAUUGAAAUGUUAUAAAGCAACAUGAGAAACUCAUGCAUUUAGCUAAUUUGGAAAUACAUUAACAAUUGCUUUUACAUGAAGGUUUAUGUCCAAACUGUUUAUACAGUUAGGGAACAUCCAUUGUUUUCAUGUUUUUUACAAUAGUAGAAAACAUAUGCCAGAAUGUGUUGAUGACCAAUGUUUAUCAAUCAAAAAAUGGUGCCAAAACAAUUUAUCAAAUGUACAGUAUGUAUACAUAAAUUAAUUAAUGCCUCAUCUAAAAUGUCAGGUCCCUGUAGGACUGUCUGACUCUUUUGGAGGUGUUUGCAUCAGGUGGUCUUCUUAUCGAGUCUAUUCACAAGUUGAGCCAUGGCAGUUUAGUUCUAAAAACUUGACAAUACGAUUCUAGUGUAUAGUGUUAAAAGGAUUGGUAGGAACAAGGCUGCAACAUGAAUGCUCCUUUGUUGACCCUUUUGCAUCAGGUAAUUUAAUAGGAAUGUUGUUUUGCUCUGCAUACUUCACCUGGAGACAUUUUUCUAAAUUCUAUGAGAUAUCAGGUGUCCCAUGUCUCUCGGAGGUUGUGGGAGUGUAACAAAAAUCAAGAUGCCCCACAUACCUCAGCAAGCAAGAAAAAAAUCUUCCUAAAAUUGACACAUUUGUUGAAGUCAGCUUGUGAUGGCUAUCACAAUGCACAGGACAAAAUACAUUUGUUGAGAAGGUCAUUCAACCAAAUCUGUAGAAGUAUCCUCUCACAACUUGGGACCCUUAAGAUGUAGAAAAAUAUAGUUUGUUUUUUCCAGAUAUGUAUGGCUUAAGUAUGCCUUAUCUAAAUGUCUGAUAAAACAUUGUAUAUUGGUUUAGAUUUGAAUGUUUUAUUUUACUGGUAUUAUAUCCAAGAAUUUUUUUAGAACACAU